AUGGCAGUGCCACAGAAAGUGCGCUCGUCAGAGCGGCAGACCUUGCUGCCUACCAAUCGUGCGACGAAUCGACCGCGAGUAGGGCACCCGUUCAUGCGCGUGCUGCACGCUGUUAUCUUUGUUACCCUUCUGGUCAUCGCCUGGCAUACACUCGCACACUCGCGCUUGCCUCAUCGUCGACCCUCGACUCCGACCCCUUCGGCGCCUGCAUGGCCUGAAUCUUUGCGCACGCACUGCGCAAAUAUCGCACCCAUCACCGGCGAAGAGUUUCUAUCGCGACAGAAUGCUCUCGCCGAAGUCUUGCACAACGCUGGUGGGGCAUCAUACAUCGCCGAACCGGGCGCCAGUGCCGGAUACUUCGCCAACCUCAGCGGUCAGGCCUGGGGACUCUCCGAACGACCUCUCCUCCUGAUUGUCUCUCCAACCGUGUCCUCUGACAAGGUCUUACCGAAGAUCACCAUUCUUACACCAACAUUCGAAGCGACCCGUGCGAAGGGUCUGGCGCUUGCCGGGAACGACAUCGAAUACGUCAGCUGGGCCGAGUAUGAGAACCCUUUCGAAGUCGCCGUAGGCGCUGGCGUUCUCAGCGCGGAUAGUCCGGUGUAUGUGGACGGCAUGACGAGGCAAUUCAUCGUUGCGGGCUUCCAGGCUCAGGGUGCUCGCGUUGAAGUUGCCCCAACUGAGGUCAAACUUUUACGGGAACGCAAGAGUGCAGCCGAGAUUGAGAUAUUGAAAUGCGUGAACGAGGCCACGGUUCUUGCUGUUCGUGCCGUUCGUGAACGUAUGCAUAUUGGCUCUCGCGAAUCAGAGGUACAAGCCCUGGUCGCUGAUGCGCUGGGCUUCGCUGGGCUUACCGGAGGCUGGGGGCUGGUCCUCUUCGGCGAAAAUGCGGCACUUCCCCACGGCUCGGGUUCUGACCGUGAGCUUGGGCCUGAGGACUUUGCUCUCCUCGACAUCGGUGGUUCACUGCAUGGCUAUGUCUCCGAUGUCACUCGCACAUUCGCGUUACAAGAAACAAAGUUGUCAAGUCGCCAACUUGACAUCUGGAACCUUGUCCAGGCCGCUCAAACGCAAGGGCUUAAGACUGCCGGUGGCGGCGUCAUUGCCAAAGAUGUCGACGCGGCGGCCCGGAGCGUCAUCACAGUCGCAGGACUCGGGAAGUACUUCACACACCGUCUGGGUCACGGAAUCGGACUCGAAGUCCACGAAGCUCCGUACCUUGUCGGUGGUUCGAAGGAUGUCCUCAGGCCGGGACAUACCUUCUCCGAUGAGCCUGGUGUGUACAUUGAGGGCGAAGUUGGGGUCAGGUUGGAGGAUUGCUUCUACAUCGACGCGGACGGUUCGGCGGUCUAUCUGACUGAAGGUGUGGGUGGCCAAGCGCUUAGCCCGUGGCAACCAUAA